AUGGGUUUAGUGUUUCUUGGUCUUUUCUUGAUGGUGGUGUCUGCUACUGCUGCUGAUGAAGCUGCUUUUGUUGGGGUAAACAUAGGGACGGCACUUUCCGACAUGCCAGAUCCAACCCAAGUGGUGGCCCUUCUGAAGGCUCAGCAGAUCCGCCAUGUCAGGCUUUAUGACACUGAUCAAGCAAUGCUACGAGCUCUUGCUAAUUCUGGAAUACGUGUAAUCGUGUCAGUGCCCAACGAUCAACUAUUAGGCAUUGGGCAGUCUAACGCCACAGCAGCCAACUGGGUUUCUCGUAAUAUUCUUGCUCAUGUCCCAGCCACCAACAUCUCUGCUAUAGCUGUUGGCUCUGAAGUCCUCACCACUCUCCCAAAUGCAGCUCCAGUCCUGGUCUCAGCCAUGAAUUUUAUUCACUCUGCCCUUGUGGCUGCAAAUCUUGACUCCCACAUCAAAGUUUCCACUCCGCACUCUUCUUCUAUAAUCCUUGACUCUUUUCCACCCUCCCAAGCUUUCUUUAAUCGCACAUGGGACCCUGUCAUGGUGCCACUGCUCAAAUUUUUGCAAUCUACUGGCUCGUUUCUUAUGCUAAAUGUUUAUCCAUAUUAUGACUAUAUGCAAGCCAAUGGUGCUAUUCCGUUGGAUUAUGCUCUAUUUCGUCCUCUUCUUCCAACCAAGGAGGCUGUUGAUCCUAACACGCUUCUCCAUUACACCAAUGUCUUUGAUGCUGUUGUUGAUGCAGCUUAUUUUGCAAUGUCUUAUUUGAACUUCACUAAUGUUCCUAUCACAGUGACAGAAUCUGGUUGGCCAUCCAAGGGUGACUCUUCUGAGCCAGAUGCCACUAUGGACAAUGCUAACACUUACAACAGCAACCUCAUCAGGCACAUUCUGAACAAUACAGGGACUCCAAAACAUCCAGGCAUUGCAGUUAGUACAUACAUUUACGAACUUUACAAUGAAGAUCUUAGGCCUGGACCUAUUUCAGAGAAGAACUGGGGGCUCUUUGAUGCCAAUGGGGUGCCCGUUUAUAUCCUACACUUGACAGGUUCAGGAACCGUAUUGGCAAAUGAUACUACAAAUCAGACUUAUUGUGUCGCAAGGGAAGGUGCUGACAAGAAGAUGUUACAGGCAGCAUUAGAUUGGGCAUGCGGACCAGGGAAAGUCGACUGCUCUCCUCUGUUGCAGGGGCAACCAUGCUAUGAACCAGAUACUGUGGUUGCCCAUGCAUCUUAUGCUUUCGAUGCAUAUUAUCAUCGGAUGGUAAUGGGUGACGGGACCUGUAACUUCAAUGGGGUGGCCACCAUCACCACAACAGAUCCAAGUCAUGGUUCUUGCAUUUUUCCUGGAAGUGGUGGAAGAAACGGCACCUUUAUAAAUGGCACUGCCCUCGCUCCAUCUUUCAAUUCCACAACAUCCGGUUGCAGUCCCCAAUUUUUCCAGUGUGAAUAUUUUUAUAUGCACUCUGUGUUAUUUGGUGUUGUACUAUGGGCUGCAGUGUAUUUGUAGAUGAUAUAUUUCAUCUAUUGACGACGGGCAAGCUUCCUGAAACUGAAAGUUGAUGCCCAGAAGUGUUUGAAUUUUCUCAGACGAGUCCGCACGCCCAAUUUUGUUUCCCUCUGCAAGAGUAAGGGCGAGAUUUGUCUUGUAAGAUGUAACUCUGAGGUUGUUGAGAAUGAACUAAUUCAUUCAUUUGCGUAAACGAAACUAAUUUGAUGAAUUGGAUUGCAUUAUGUAAUUAUCAUUUAGUGUAAUGCAGCUUCUGUUUCAAAAUA